AUGUCUAACAACAGCUGCCAAGCGGAACUAGGGCAGGACGAGGUGCUGGCCAUCUCGGAGAAGGUGGUGCUGCGGGCCGCGGACCUGCUGGAGCGCAUCAUCACGGAGGAGGCGCGCUGGGAGCGCGGCCUGAGCGCCGUGUACCAGCCGGGCUGCCCGCCGCCCGCGCCGCCCCUCCUCGUCUCGCGCACCGUGCUCGACUUCCAGGACGUCAACCGCGAGAAGCAGGCGCUCGGCUCGCCGGACGAGGAGGAGUGCGCCGUGGUGGUGUUGAGCUUCCCGCGCUACUGCCGCUACCGCGGCAUCCUGAAGCGGCUGGAGGGCGUGGCCAGCCAGUGGCUGCACAACGCGCUCGUCGUCGCGCUGGGCGGCUUCGCCGUGCCGCGCCGCAACACGCGCGUCCUCUUCUGCAAGGACACCUUCGACUACCCGGACCUCGAGGGCCACGAGCUGCUCUGCAACCAUCUGGCGCCAAAUUUGAAAGGACGGCCAAGAAGAAAACGAAAAAAGCGCAGCCUGUCACCCGGUGGCUCCGAAUCAAAUGAGUCGGAGUCAUCACUGUCCACCGUAUCAUCCUCAGCAACAAGGGGGCGGCCUGGUGUGAGGAAUGGGAUAGCAGACCCUGGCCGCGCGCUGGCUGUGACGAGGCGCAGCGGCCGCCUGGCCUCAUCGCCUGAGGAGCGGGACUUCCUUGCCAAGCUGCACAGCUUCAUGAGGAUGCGCGACACUCCCAUCUCCAGGGUGCCCCACCUCGGCUUCAAGGAGAUUGAUCUCUUUGCAUUCUUCACUAAAGUCCAGAAACUGGGAGGCUAUAAUGCUGUAACUGCCAACAAGAUGUGGAAGCCAAUCUAUGAUGAAUUAGGUGGUGACCAAGGCAACACAAGUGCAGCCACUUACACAAGGAGACAUUACGAGAGGUUAUUGUUGCCUUAUGAGAAAAGUGUGAAAGAAAUUCCAAGCAAACAGGCCAGUAACCGACAACUUGUUAAACUUAAAGCUAUAAAACCAGCUGAGAAGAAGGAAGUGACUAUUGUACAAAGCAAGCAGACUGACACGAAGAAUGCCAUUACAAAUGGGAACCGCAGUGAUAAGGCUGCAGCAGAUGUGAAGUCCUCUUCUUUGAGAAGUACACGUCCAAAAUCAGAGAAGUCACAGGAUGCUCCUGGCACUACUACUAACACAACAGAGCCUGCCCCACAAGGCAAAGAGAACAUUCCAGUGCCCAACAAACCGGAGAGACCUGCCACUGAUGUAAAAUCCGAACAGCCGAGCAAAGCAGCUGAGCCUGAAAUCAUAGACUUGGUUUCCGACCAAGACUCACCGGUGAAGAUUGGCAAGACUCCUGUGCCGGCACUGAAGAAGCGCAAACUGGAGAUCCUGAAGGAAGGUGGCCUGGAGGUGACUGCCAUUUCUUCCAGUGUGCCGGAAGCCACGGUCGGCUCAAUAACGAUUGUACCGGAGCGGCGGCCGUCAGUGAUACAGCACGCGGCACCGGUGCCGUCAGCCGAGAACCAGGUGUCAAUAACAGUGACUCCUGAUGUCAGCCACAUGAUAGAGAUGGCCAGCUCACCAAACACAGACUCAGCCUCUACGCCAUCUCCAUCGCCCAACUACGAGUCUGCAGGUACUGCCACCGGAGCUGCCAGCUCGCUCAACAGCCACCGUUACCUGCCCGAACUCAAGAUACCUUCAGUGCAGAAUCUUUAUGGCAGCAUGUCAUCUCCUCCUCCAGCAUCCUCAUCUGCACAUUCCAGCAGUUCUUGUGAUAGCUGGACGCCUCCAAAAGUCGUGCAGUCACGCUCCAUCUAUGCACGCUCAGAGACUGUCAUCUAUGGUGACCCCAAGGACGAGAUAGAACACCCCAAAUACUACGUCCCUGGACGUGUGCCUCCGAGGCCACUUAUACCGACCGAAGUCCUAGACCUGAGGAAGAAGGGUUCUGAGAAACCAAUUGUGACUGUGAGCCGUAUCCCCAAUGCAGACCCUCCUUUUUCUGGACUGAGUACUCACAGCAGACCAUCUCCAAAGCUGAACAACGGCCCCCAAUUCUCUGUAAUUGGUGGGCGGCACAUUGUUGGCUCCAAUUUGGAAAUCACUGUAGUCGAUGUGCCAAAAACCCCCGUGCAGCCCCAACCUAGACAAACCAGUCAGAGGAACACACAAUCCCAAAAGAAAGGUGCAUCUCAGAAAUCCACGUCAUCCAAAACGAACUCUAAAAGUGAGAACAGUAGGCAGAAUUCUGCAAGCGACUCUCACAAGAGGAACAGUAGUUCUACCUUCAAUGCAGCCCAGCUUAUAAUACCGAACCCGUACCUGUCGUCUACUGCAAACGGACGCAAAAACGUUGCCGAACUAGCCAGAGUUCGAUCACAGCAGCAGCAGCAGCAGCAGCAACAGCAACAGCAGCAGCAGCAGCAGCCACAACAGAACCACCACCAGCAGCAAGCACAACAAAACCAUCAGCAGCAGGUGCAACAACAGCAACACUCAGUAAGGCAACAACACAAAAAGAAUGUGAACUCAUCUGAAGACUCUGUGUCGUACUUGCCUCCCAGCGUACAAGGCUGCAGUGUUUCCAGCUAUCCACCACAUGCCGAGUCAGUGAGUGGAAGCACAGCCAAAUCUCCUCCCUAUUUGCCAAUUGUCGACCCUAUGUACUACCAGUCGGUGUUUGGUGGAAGGACUCCUGCAUUGUUUUCAGCGGGCCUCUUGCCACGUGUGCAGUCGUCGGCAUCGACGCCGGUGUUUGCUCCCACUGCUGAACAGUUACAGUUGUACAAAGAGCUCAUGAACCACCACCACGGGGGACUCUCGCUGAGCCAGCAGAUUGCAGCUACUGGUAACUUCUUAGGCCUCUUGAGGGAUGGGUCCACCUCUAUUACACCAGUCAGUCCUACGCAGUUCCCCACAUUCAAAUGACAUCAGUAAAGAUGUGCACAGUAUCAUUAAAUUCUUGUGACAUUAUGGUGACUGUAGCAUACAGAAUCCCCUGUUAAAUGACCUCUCAUUUCACAGAUAAUUUUUAUUUUGACUGAUAAUGGCAUGGUAUAUCUGUCCAUUAUACCAUUCGUUAUUUUUCUUUGAACCCAUUUAUUUCAGAAGAUAUCUGUCAAUAGUACUUGUACUAUACCCCGAGCAGUUUUUAUUCUUUUGUUUUAGAAGAAUUGACUGUGCUAAAAUUAUAGUUAACAGUUGCCAAAUAUUUUAUAUGUGUGUCUCCAAAAUUGCAGUCACGAGUACUGUGUCUAGUAAGAGGCUUUAAAUCAAGUUUGUAAUAUUGUAAUAUAGUUGAACUUUUAUUCAUGAAGAACUUGUUGAUUGUUCAUUAGUUUCUUCACAAUCAGUAGGUUAUGCUGUAGGAUGUGUACAGUAUUCAGUUUGAUUGAUUGUAGUGUUGAGUGAGCACAUAUAGGGGGAAACAGAGGGAGCUGUAAAAUAGGAAAGCUGAAAAGCUACAUCUCCUAUUUCUUCAUUAAAUGUGUUUCCGAUGAUUUUAUUUGAAGCAUGUGUUUCAAUAAGCAGAAAGUUAUUUUUUUAAGAAGUAAAACUAGAAGAAACUAAUAGUGUGAGGGCAUUACAGGAAAAUAUGUUUGUGUGUUAAAAUUCAAUAUUUUUAUUCUUGGGCAUUUAUUUUUAUUGAUUUGAAUAGUAAUAUUUUAGCUGGAUGCCAAAGAGCAGAUUCGUUUAUCAAUACAUAUUUUGUACAUUCAUUGGAAUUAGCUUUCAUAACUCACUGUAGCACUGAGAUGCGUUACACGAUGUGGAAAUGAUGACACACUGAGUGGUGGCUACAGCAUCGUUACAUUUUAUUUUGAGAGUGGAUACAAAUGAUUAUGAAGUGGCAGCUUGUGGUAUUGAUAUGUACAAACUGUAGCAUGCACUGAUUAUAUAAGGCACAGUAAUUGUCUCUGUGUGAGAAUACCGAAAUGAAGACAGGUAAAACAGUAAUGGUGUAUGUUACUGUUACAUUGGAAGUAUUCAUUUUGUAUCAAAUUCUAGAAAAUCUUGCCAGCAACAGAAGAAAUGCUUGUGAACCUGGUAAUCCCAGAAACUAAAUAUUACAGACUCAAAGUUCUCAUUGAAUAAUAAGUGGUUUGCUUCUCCAAGCACCUUUCCAGUUUCUGUGUAUAUGAUCUCACUAUGUACCUGGAGUUUUUCAACCUAUUUCAUGGCUCAUUGUAAAUAUCGCACUUUCAUAAAUUACACAGAAAAUUCCCAAAUAUCUACAGUGUUCAAAUGUGGCCAUAAAAAUACCUCAAUGUAAUGCACUGAUUUUGUUCUUUUCUUCAAACUUUUUCUUCUGUGUUCAAUUUUUAACCCUUGCAUUUUAUUUUACAUUGGAGAAAGAUCACCUGUGUAUGUGUGUGGUUCAUGUCGUUAUGUAAUUUAUGUACAUAUCAGAUUUUUUGCUUUAUUCUUACUUUAGUAUAUUUUGGCUUGAACUUAUUACAGAGAAAAGAUUUUUAGAUUAAGAAUAUUUAAUUUUUGUUAUGACAUUAUUAAAUUUUCUAUUUAGUUAUUUAGUAAUAUCAAAUUUAUGCUUAUAAUUUUUUUAGUUAUUUUGAGUUAUGAGAAAUAUAAACAAAUUUUGUAAUAAUUUGUUAUAAAAUGGCAUGGACUUUAUCAUGAUAUUGCAUUUCAUUGCAACUUCAGAAAAAAGUGAAUGAUUGUGUGUAGUUGUUAGUCAUUUGCAGUAAUGUGCAAAUGGUUCUUUCUUGUAUAUUAAGAGCCUGUAUGUAAAUACUGAAUCUGAUGCAACUUGCUGUAAUAAUCAGUGUGAAAACUAACCUUUUACACCAUCUUAGGUAUAUCUGGAUAACCUUAUUGCAAAAAUGCAUAUAUGCCAGUGCAAGCACAAACAUAAAUUAUAAUUAUACAUGCUGUAUACUUCUGAAAUUAACCACCAAUGUCGAAACAUCAGGAUACAUUUCUCAAUUUCUGCAUCUGUGGUAGCAUGUAAUUCUACAUGAUGUGUGGCCCAAUUUUUAUGAAUAAUAUGAAACCCCUUACUUUUUAAAUUAAAUGUUUGUACCUGUGUUAAACUACAAUCACGACAUUCAUCAAAGCUGGAUAGGAAAGUUUAUUUUACUUAAACAUUAUUCUGUUUGUAUAACUAAAUUCGAAUAAAUUUGUUAAUUCAGAAUGUAAGUUUCAUGUAUAAAGCUUAAAUUGCCCAUCAGAAAUAACACCAGGGGAUGAAAAGGAACUUGUUUAACAGUUGGCACAAAUUUCUGAGGUGUACAGCUUUUAAAACUGUCCUGAAAUUCUAUAACAGUUUUUUUGGUCUGAAUGUGUUCGUAUCUGUAGUACUUUCAAUCAAAUUUAAGAGAGAUAGUAAAUCCGUUACAUAGCGUAACAUGAAGGUCCAAACAGCAUAUAUCACAGGCUGCUACUGAAAUGUUUCUUGUUUCUUCAGAUGACUUGCAGGAAGUCUUCAAUUUUUCAACUGUUCUCUUAAAAAAUGAGAGAGCACUCAGGGAUUAUAUACGCAAUGAAGACAAAAAUUUUGCCAUAGUUGUUUUGAAGUAAUUUUUUGCUGUGUCUUAGGUUGCCAGAAUGAAUUGCAAGAACUAUACCAUGUAACUUAUUUUCAGUACAGUAUACCAUUAAAUCUUCUGUUGUAUUUUUUGUAGAGGCUGACAUUGGUAUUAUGUCUGUAUGUGAAGUGUAAUAUAAUUGUGAUAUUGUAUUUUGUUAGUGGUUUAGUCCGGCAGCAAUGCAAUGUGAAGUACAUAUUGUGUAUAUUGUUUUACUUUUAUAAUAAAAAUCUUAUCUGCCUAAACUUAUUUGGAA